UCCCACGUCGUACUGUAGCUCUCCUGCAGUGUAUUACCCUCUCCUAUAGCGCCACCUCUCUCUACUCCUGUGUAAUCACUACACUAUCACUGGCGCGAGGUCUGUGCUGUAGGGAACUUCCUGCCGCGAAGGACUGUGGGAAUUGUAGUCUCUUUCUCCUAUUGGCUGCUGAUACUGGGGGUGAGUGUGUAUUGCAGAUAGAUGAACGGUUCCUGGAUUUAUACAGAAUACUGAGUGAUGUGGAUCUAUGUCUUGGAAUGCUGCCCAGUACAUCGAAUCCAAUGUGCACGUUUCAUCAGACACAUCUCCCAUCUUAGUGAGUCAAAGUAUGUGCCAGAUUGCCCACCUACAGAUCCAAAUGCAGUGCAGAAACUCCAGGACUUUAUUCUUCGAUCCCAGCGACUGUUUGUCAUGACAGGUGCUGGGAUCUCUACAGAAUCAGGAAUUCCUGAUUAUCGCUCAGAGGGUGUAGGACUAUAUGCCAGGACUGAACGGAGGCCCAUUCAGCAUGCAGAGUUUGUCAGGAGUCAGGCAGCACGAAAACGGUACUGGGCUCGCAACUUUGCAGGUUGGCCGCAAUUUUCCUCCCAUCAACCCAAUCUUUCACACCAGGCUCUGGCCAACUGGGAGAAUGCUGGUAAGCUGCACUGGUUAGUGACACAAAAUGUAGAUGCCCUCCAUGCCAAGGCCGGGCAGCAUCGAAUGACUGAGUUGCAUGGCUGCACUCAUAGGGUGAUUUGUCUUGGCUGCAACACAGUGAUCAAUAGAUCUGAACUUCAAAAAAAGUUUAUAGCACUGAAUCCAUCUUGGAAUGAGAAAGCAUAUGGAGUUGCACCAGAUGGCGACGUCUUCCUAACAGAUGAGCAAGUAUCACAUUUCCGUGUGCCAUCUUGUGAUAAGUGUGGAGGUAUCCUGAAACCACAAGUGACUUUUUUUGGUGACACAGUAAACCGAGAAUUGGUGUACUCUCUUUAUGAUCGUUUAAGUGAAUCGGAUGCAAUGCUCAUUGUAGGAUCAUCACUCCAGGUUUAUUCUGGAUACCGGUUUGCAUUGAAAGCACAAGAGAAGAGCAUUCCUGUUGCUAUACUUAACAUUGGAGCCACAAGAGCUGAUCACCUGUCAGUGGUUAAAGUAAAUGCUCGCUGUGGAGAUGUUUUACCAAAAAUAAUGGCACUGGAUGAACAGCAGCAUGAAAUUAAGGGCUGAAUAUUGUCAUAUGAACUUACAUGUUGGAUUUUAAAAUUAGACUAUGGUAAAAGGUGAAAAUUCAAUUUGAGAUAAUAUGCUUGCUGUCUACAGACACCACUAGGAGGAGCUUUGGAGUUUACUGCAUACUGUUUCAUCAUUAAAAUAAAUGUAUAAACAUUGGGCCUACCCUGGCCACCGGACUCCUUUCUCUCUUACAAGUUUGUUUAUCCUGUUACUCACCUAUUGCUUGUAAUGCCUCUUUUACCACUUUCAAUAAAACCCUUUUUUGAAUUUGAAAAAAAAAAAAAAAAUGUAUAAAAUUAUGCAAUAAAUUCCUAAAUUUCCCCUUAUGAUAUGUGCAGAGCGUUUGGAGCACUGUUUCUGGAAAAUAUAGCUCUGACCUCUAAAAAGAUAUAUUUAGACAAAUGAAUCCGCACAAAAUGUUGAAUAACUUCAGAUACAUCUGUUUAACCUUUUAUAUGCUACAGUCCUUUGACUCCUAAGCCCAUAAAGUGCAGAGUAAAAAAAAAAAAAAUGAAUUAUACAUUCUGCUAAAUCUUUUCCCACAAAUAUGAAUAUCGAUCUGCUCAUCUCCUCCUGCCCUAUAAUAUGCUGACCACAGAUCGGAGUGAAUUUUCAACAUGACAAGGUCUUUUUAAUCAUUGGCUGUUAUAUGUCAUUACCUGAAUGGUGAUAGAAUGUGGCUACUAUAUUAUGAAACCAUAAGGUGUCUCAAAUAAUAUAAUAAAGAUUCUUCUGUAACAGCA